ACUUACACACAGGCACUGAUAAAGACGGCUAACGGGGUCUUUCCUAACUCAAAAUAAUCCAGCAUGUACACUAGCGGUCCGUUAGUUACCGCAGAGUCCGUUAUUUUACUUCAUUGUCCGAUGGUUAUAUCCGCAAGAGUAACAUAAAAAUGCCUCGGAGUUUUUUUUAUUUUUUAUAACUUGUUUAUGUGUGGCUGUUUAGAAACGUUCCCAAUUCAGAGUUUAAUAAUGUCUUUUAAAGACACAGAGGAGAUCUUUACCUCUUUCGUAGGAAGAUGGCAGUGAAAUUAUAAAAUAUGAGUGUAGAAGAAUGUCCAUAUUGUGGAAAGCCCUUCAAGAGGCUGAAAACCCACCUCCCUCACUGUAAAAUGGCACCAGUUGUACAACCCAAGAAAAGCAUUCAAGCACCCAAAGAAUUGAGUGCAACCAUUUCCAGACAGAAGAUCUAUAAAAAGACAGCAACAGCAGAAAUUAAUAAUGUCAUAUUUGAUGAGACACUAACCUCCAAAGGAAGAAGGAAAGAUGAUAUUCACAAAGCAGACAGUCUUCACACAACUACUGAGGUCAAAGUCCCAUCAGCUCAGACUCUGAACACGGAGAGACCUAAAAGUAAAUGGCUUACUAAAAGACAGAAGGAACUUGAGAGAUUGCAUCUGUUAGUGCCAGUCUCAAAGAAGUCAAGCAACUCUAACUCAUUAUCCAGCAACGAAAGAGAUAAAAGCUUUUGUGAGAUCUCCAAAAGACCAAAACAGGGAACAUCUCAAAGUAAUGGAAAAAGUACUAAAGACAAAAAGAUACUAAAGAUGGCGCCAUUAUCAGAGCACUUGUCCAUCGUCAAGAGUAAAAUCAAUACCCCUGGAUUUGUUCCAGCAAUUCUGAAAAACUCUAGCCUCCCGUCUGAGUGCAGUGUGCAACAUGAAAAACCAAAACUCAAAGUUACCUUCUUGGAGGAGCUUGAAAGACUGAACAGUCAGAACAAGGAUUGUGAUCUAGUAUUAAGUGCAAAAGAGCAUAGAGCUCAUGCUUUCUUUUUAUCCAAGACUUCUGUGUGGGACCACAUCAGUGACAGUUUGUAUUACAAGAGGUCUUAUAUGUUUGUGCCUUAUCCAUCUAAAUAUCCUUCUUUGGAGACCAAUGCGAUUUCUACUGUGCAACAAUCAAACAAACCAGAAACAGUUACCAAGGCUGCCAUUCCACCCUCAUCCACUUUAACUGAAACCUUCAUUCAUCAACCCACAGAAGACAUCCUAAAUCCAAGAUCGCAAGGCAUCAGAAGUCUAUGGUGGAGUCCAGAGAUAGUGACUUCUUGCAAAAGAACACAGUUCUCCACAGAACCUUUAGGCAGCUAUGCUAAUGAAUGCAUUUGGAUUAAGGAUCAAUAUGCUGGACAAGCUCCCCAAAGUGAAGUGCCUGUAGUGCAGCAGAAACUUGGAGAUGUCAGAUUGAAUGAACUUAGUGUCUGGCUUGGCGCUCGAACUCCUGUGUCACCAAGAGAGAUUGUGAACAUGUUAAAGCAAGGAUGGCAGUGGUACUACAGGAAGUAUAUUGAUGUUCGUAAAGGAGGAAUCGGUGGGAUAUCCAUGCUGUUGACUGGAUACUGUGUCCUGUGUUACAUAUGGAACUACCCAUAUCUCAAGAAAGAACGCUGGAGAAAGUACCAUUAAGGACGUUUGAUGGUCUUCAUAAUUGUAGCACACUUUGGAGAAGCAGCAGCUUUGUGUUCAUGGCCAUGAGAGCACAAUAAGAUUAAUAAUUAAUAGGACAAUAUUAUAACACCAGCAACUAGUAGUUCACUGCAAUAUGAGGUUUGCUGUAUUUUUGUUAGAAUUAUUAUGAAUUAUCUGGGAGUUAUUUAUCAUAUUAUAUUUGAAAUUUUCAUUUACUGUAUUUGCGAAGAAAAAAAAACUUAUAUUUGCAAUUUUUGUGUACCCAAGUAGUGGACUAAGAUCUAAUAAAUUACACAAUAUUGUUCAACACUGUUUUUCUUUGUAAGACUUGUCAUAUAUUUCAUUUAUUUCUUUACAUGAUCAUCCUUUAAUUUGCUAACUUAUAUGAAAAAUAUAGAAAUAUCCAUUAUUCAUUAAAAAUAAAGACAUUACAAAAUAUUAGCUGUAUUCAAAAUGAAUUUAAUAUUUAUCUUUGCUGUUGUAAUGAACACUCACAAAAACAACAAAUCAUGAACUGACCACAUACAGUAUGACGUGAACACAUACCCAACAUAAUAAAAAUAACUUUUUGUUUUACAUUCUUUUUCUUUACAAAAAGUAUAAAUAUUUUGUGUUUCAUGUUUUUUCUUUUUUGUAAUACAAACAUUACAAAUCAAGUUUCGGGUGAUGCAGAAAAUAAAACGAUAAAAGCAACUUUUACCAUGGGGUAUUACGAUAACUGAAGGCCACACUCGCACAACAAAAAGCAGUAAAAACAAAUGAUAGAUAUGAUAUUAAACUUGUUUUCACUCGCUCUCUCCUAAGGCAACGAAGCCCUUCGAAGUGAAGGUCUUUCAGAACGCUCUCUAAUACCGACCGCUAGAGCUCAGAUCAGAGAGAAGAAUGUUUCGCUUUUUUUUUUUUCUGUCUGUUUGUCAUUUUUGGUUGAACUGCUGGGAAAGACAGUGGAGUUUAGUGUUAAUGGUGCACAAACAAUGGGAUGACA